AUGCCUAGGGAUAGGGACCCCCUUGUUGUUGGACGAGUGGUUGGUGAUGUUUUAGACCCCUUCACAAGGUCUGUUUCUCUGAGGGUGACCUACGGUACUAAGGAGGUUAACAAUGGUUGUGAGCUCAAACCUUCUGAAGUUGUCCAACAACCUAGAGCUGAUAUUGGUGGAGACGAUCUCAGGACUUUCUACACUCUGGUCAUGGUGGAUCCUGAUGCACCCAGCCCAAGUGACCCCAACCUAAAGGAAUAUUUGCAUUGGUUGGUUACCGAUAUUCCAGCAACUACUGCGGCAAGCUUCGGGCAAGAGAUAGUGUGUUAUGAAAGUCCACGGCCAACAGUGGGGAUUCAUCGCUUUGUUUUGGUGGUGUUUCGCCAAUUGGGUAGGCAAACGGUGUAUGCUCCGGGAUGGCGCCAGAACUUCAAUACCAGAGACUUCGCCGAGCUUUAUAAUCUUGGAUUACCGGUGUCUGUCGUCUAUUUUAACUGCCAAAGGGAGGGCGGCUCCGGUGGAAGGAGAAGAUAA